AUGGACGGUCGCCAUCGUAAAGGAGGAUGCGAAGAAGCGGAUCGGAUCUUCUCCACCCGCAUCGGCAUUGCGCGACAGGACGACGACGACGACGAGGAACCCACGUUCUUUUUCCCAUGGACUUGGCGCGUUUUUCGCAGUUGGGCCCGUUUGAGAUGCGCGGCCACUUCUCACGAGCUUCGUACCAUGUACGAGUUAGUAGACGGCGACAGCAGACAGCACAAUGGUGCACCGGCUUCGCGACCACCUCAUGCCGUCUUCGCCAUCCCUACGUCUCGGCGCUUCGGCGCUGGGGUACAUAUAUUGUGUACCCUUGCGUCGGCGAGAGUCGCAACACACGUAGAGUCAAAGGUCCACCACCAAAAUCAGUCCAGUGUCACGUACGACUAG